AUCUUUGUUACUUACGGAAAGUUGAACAAAGAUAGAAAAACACUCCAGUGCAUCCGUUGCGAAUUUAAAAACGCAUCCAUACUGUGCUUAUGCGCUUAUGGAAGUUGUGUGGAUAUACCAUAAGUGAUAAGAAUGGCCGGUAGCCGGUACUGAUAUAAACGAUAGAAGCGAAUAGACUGGAGCAAUUGUAUCUAACAUCUAACUGUCUUACAUUAGUUCCGUAGUAGAAAAGUGAGAAUGUUAAGAUGAAUGUGAUUCAUUGUUUUUGAUGAAUACAGGCAAAUUCGCUGAUUUCAGCGUAGUUCGACAAUUCAACAAUGUCAUUAACAACCGUACGUUCGCUUCGUUGGAGAAGUACUGGAGAAAUGACGAGAUGAGCAUGAUAAAACCGUGGUAGAAGCACGCGACGAUUGCUUUGUCUACGAUGAUCCUGGUCUGGCCUAAGACAUUUUCCAGUCUUUUGUUAUUAUUAAUUUAAUACGCGAUACCGCGUGAACUAGACGACAGUAUGCUAGUCAGUUUCUUUUUUUUUCCCUCCCAAGGUGGAUAUUGCAUAUUGCUGUAGAUACUAAAACAUCGUAUAUACCAUCGCAAUUAAAGUAUUCUCUCGAAAGUGGAUACUUCCAAACACUGUUCAAUUAGUAUAAUGGCUUAUGACCCACGUAGCAACAUCAAAUAUUCUCCAAAUGGUCAUCAGCGGUCCAAUGUGACUGGAUAUGGAUACUCUCAUCCAUCGCAGCAUUUCCAACAGCAGACUGAUGAAAAUCGGAAUGAAAACAAUUUGCGCAGCAGCAAGGAGUUUUGUUCACAAAUCUCAGUCUUGCAACAGUCGUCCAGCACACAGACUGUGCAGAAAGUAGAUGCCGCGACCAUGACGGAUCCUCUGCAGAUUGACUUUAGACUUACUUCUGAAUACCUGGCACGGUGUUCCAGUACAUUAGGCUUACCAUAUAUAACUAAGUAUGAAGACUGUGGUAUCAAUUCUAUAGCCACCUGUCAAGAAAUAAGACCAAAAAUCCAAUUUGAGAUUGAAUCACAGCAUAUUAAUGGUAUGUUGGUUUACCAUUGCCCUGAGUGUGCAUAUAGAUUUGAUGAUCGGGAGGCACUUCAUGAACAUUUGGAAGAUCACAAACAGAGACCGCAUAUUUGUGAUAUUUGCGGGGCAAGCUUGAAACGUAAGGAACACUUGGAUCGUCACAAACAAGGUCAUAAUAAAGAUAGACCCUAUCAAUGCAAUAUGUGUUGUAAAGCGUUCAAACGAAAUGAGCACUUGGCGCGUCAUAUGAUUACUCACUCAGGUAGCAAAAAUCAAAUUUGUACCGAAUGUGGCAAAGCUUUCUAUAGGAAAGAUCACUUGAAGAAACAUUUGCAAAGUCAUAACAGCGGUCGAGGCAAACAUUUAAAUAUUUUACAAAACAAUCCUAAUGUUCAGCAAUCAAACGACCAAGGGCUGAGUAGUUUUACUAUGAUAAUGAGGCAAUCUGGACCUCCCCCAUUUUCAAUUUUACGGGCAUAGUUAUCCUAUAUAAGAUGUGAAUAAUAUAAUGUACGUUAUUCAUCUAUGAAGCAGGAAGUCAUUGUAUUUUAGUUUAUGUAGAUGGAUUUUUUUUAAUCCCUGCAAGAGAGAGAGAGAACCGGCUUAGGCCAUAUACCUAAUUUUUGAAAAUUCAAGAUUUGUUAUUAAUAUAAGAAAGCCUGCUACCCUAAGUAAAUAUAUCUUAUUGCUAUGUAUUUUGUCAAAAAGGAGAUAAGUUUACGAUAAUGUUAUUCAUUCUAUGAUAUCCUUUACAAUAUAUACUCUGGAAGUAUAACAAGUUGUCUGUAUAUUGAGAAAAGAAUGUACCUGUUGUGAUUUUUUGGAAUUUGAAUAAGUCUGCAAGUUAAAAUGUUAAGUAAUUGUCAAUAUCAUUGACAUAUAUUACUCGAUCUUUUCACUCUUGGAAGAAAUCUUGGAAGAAAUGCUAUUCAAAAAUAAUUAAAACAAUAAAUUUUGCUUCUACAAAUGUUACGAUACAAAGUCACGUUAUAUUAUCACUGAAUUGUUUUACAAAACAAUUUAAUUAGAAAGAUCUUGAUCUUUAUCGCUGUUUCUUAUUCAAGACAAUAUUCUUCAAGAGAUAAAUGUGUAAAUUAGACAGUAAUUGCAAGACAGUAAAAGUGAACAAUAGAUACAUGAAAUCUUUUCCUAAUCUUUUCCUAGGAGAAGAAAGGAUAACGCCAAUAUAAUUUAGUGUAUACGCAAUAACAUGCAGUUUCUAAAGGUUCUCGACUUUACUAAUUCCUUUUCAUUUGCAUUUGAAAUAAAGAAUCAAAAAGCAGAUUAAAGGUGCGAUCCACUUGACGCUACAAAUGCCUCAAAGCAUUUGAUUGACCAAGAAUUUUAUGAAUUGAUUAAUUGAAGAAUACUUUGAAGCAUAUGUAGCGUCAAGUAAAUCGCACCUUAACUCGUAUCACAUUGUAAUAAUGUCUCUAAUAUCAUAAAUACAUAAAAUGUUAUUUAUCCUGUGGUGAAUUAUUAAGCAUUUCUAACGAUUUUGGAAUAUAAUUUUAUGUGAUAGUUGAGCCUAAUCCCUCUAACGUUUUUUCUGUAUCUUAAUCUUUCCAACCAGGGUAUUUUAUGUCCAAUGCGUUCUUACUAUUGUUAAUAAUUUUGAAAAAAUUUACAAAAAUUUUUAUAACAUCUUUAUACCUUCGACUAAAAAUUAAUACAAAUAUAAUUUGAAAAUCAUUUAUUUAAAUAUUUUUUUAUAACAAUUAUUUGUUGACAAACGCACAUUUUCAUUUGUUUUUUUUUAAGUCAUAACACGAAUCAAUGGAUGAAAUUUAAAGUUCGAGGACGCAAAUUAAAACUAAAAGUAGAGUGAAUAAGAAAAAAAAUGAAAUAGUGAUUACUUAAAUAGAAAUACUUAAUUUCGCGGGAUCAAGUUUAGUCACUUUUCCAGAUGGUACAGUAAGAAUUUCAGAUUGCUAGAAACAAACUUCUAAAUAACAAAGAACGAAUUUGUUUUUAAAAUUAUUUUUAAGAAAAAGUUCGGGAAAAAAGCUCGAAACUUUCUCUGCCGUCUUUUGCGCCAUUAUGUAUCUCUGUGCAACAUGAAAUUUUUUUUAAUGGCAAAAAUAUUUUAAAUACGUUUAAAUUAUGCAGAAAAAUACAUUUUUAUGGGAAAACAUUUUUACUUACCUACACAAAAUACUAACGUAUCCCUCCAACCAGUCUUUUAGUUUCCGCACACUUUUUGAUUAUUUUCCCGUUUCCCAAGACUACCCGAGCUAGUGCUUUGUUGUUUCUGCCUGAAGUCCCGUACCACAACACUUUUUUUAGGAAUAAGGAAGAUUAUCCCAUGAUCCUCGGUUUCUCGGAAUUAACGACUAUUAGAAAUAGGGAGGACACGAAUGACCCUGGUUGAAGAGAUUAAAGUUAAUAAUUAAAGACUUUUAUAAAAAUGCAAUACUGGGCAGUAUUAAAUUGGUCAGUAAUUAAUACUUAUUUUUAGUAUUAAAAGUUAUUAAUACUUUUAAUAUAUAAAUUAUGUAAUAAUUACUAGCCAAUUUAAUACUGCCCAGUAUUACAUUUUUAUAAGGGAAAAACAUAAUGAUAUAUCUUCAUAAUUUAUAGUAAAACUAUUAAUACUUCUAAAGUACUCUUUAUAGCAAUAAAUGGAAAAACCACAACUUGCAUAUCGAUUUAUUGAUGCAUAUCUGUAAAAGGUAAAAAUGAUCUAUUAUUACUUGAAGGACUGUUCAUGCACGCCGCGCACACACGCGUAUGUAUGUAUGUACGUAUGUAUAUAUAAAAUCUAUUUACAAUAAUUAACAAAUAAAUUUGCGUCUAUUUCAUUAGUA